UAGCUUGCUUCUUAGUCAACACAUUCCUUUACACCGUGCGUGUUUCCAAGCUCGUCUUAUAACUGAAAUGCUUCAAGGCCACUUGAUUUUGUUAUUUUGUGUGCUCAUCAAUAGUUGUGUUUAUUGCCAGUUAUACCAGGGGCAUGCUGAAGAACAAAAUAUUCACGCAAAUCAGCGCUCGUCGCUAAAAGGUUAUUUUGGUAAUAGCUGGCGACGACAGGUUUUAGGUGGUAACUCGGAAGUACCGAUCCUAACCAACAACACCGUUUCUCCUACCAGUCUUACUGGAAUGUCAAGUGCUGAUGUGGAAGAUGUUGGAACACGCGAUGGAAAAUUUUUUUCGCUGUUUACGGUCGUGAAAUUUGCCAAUGACGACUGCACAACUGCAGCUAAUGAAAACGGUACCUGUUACUCGGCAUCCGAGUGCAGCGCUAGGGGUGGAAUGUCCAGUGGGUCUUGCGCCGGUGGAUUUGGUGUCUGCUGCACUUUUUCUUACACCUGUGGCCAAACGACGUACCAGAAUUCUUCAUAUUUUUCAAACAUUAAUUAUCCUUCGAGCUAUGAUGGCACAGGAUCAUGUCAACUUACAGUGAACAAGGUAUCAAACAACGUGUGUCAGCUAAGAUUGGACUUUUUUGUAAUGGUCCUGAUACAACCUGAAACGAACGAUAGCAACUGCAACCGAGAUCAGUUUAUUGUUACAGGUGGAAGUCGCGUACCAGCCAUUUGCGGGACAAAUAAUGGGCAACACAUGUACAUCGAAACUGGAUUGCUCGGGAAUAGUCCGAUUACGUUGACGGUGGUUACAAGUGGAACCGGCUUUGCUCGUCAAUGGAGGAUAAAAGUGACCCAGAUGAAUUGCGAUUCUAUCAGCAGAGCUCCAAACGGUUGCCUGCAAUACUUCACGGGCGUGUCAGGUACGAUACGAUCGUUCAACUAUGAUGGAACUUCCGGCCGCCAACUUUCAAAUCAAGAUUACAGCAUAUGCAUCCGUACUGAAAGCAAUUUUUGCAGUAUCGCAUAUAACGUAUGUGCCGGUGGAGUGUAUUCUAUUACUGGUCCCACCGGAGGCUCGGCUACUGCUCAAGGAACACCAAUUGGAGCAUUGGUGGGGGCUACUACGUGCAAUACAGAUUGGCUUACUAUUCCGUGUGCUUCCGAUAAUGGUCGAACAAUCCAAAGAGGAAAUACUAUAUGCCAAGAUCGCUUGUGCGGAGAUGCAUUCGCUUCGGUGGUUCAGGCUACCAGUGGGACUGUCAUCACCAGCGUACGGCCCUUCCAAGUCACCGUUCACUUCGAUGCUUUUGAGGCGAUCGUGCCAACAUCGGUGACUAACGUUCAAGGACAAUUCAAUAACCGAGGAUUUUGCCUUAGUUAUAUCCAACAACCAUGCACUUCAUAAUCCCCUCCCAACAAAAAAAGAAUAAAAAUAACAAUAAAUUUAAUUUAAAGAAUCAAAUUUGGCUCUAGAUGCAUCUAGAAACAAAAUUGACAAACAAUAAUGUAGAAUUUACUGGCCUAUUUUCAUUAAAUAGUAUAUGUGAUUAAUAAAUCGCACUUAUUAACUGUC